AUGAAGAUACUGACUACGAACUUUCUCAAGUGCGCAGUAAAAGCGUGCGAUAAGAGUAAUGACAAUUUUCCCCUACGCUACAGUGGUUCCGAGUGCGAGCUGGUGCAAGAUCCCAGCAUUGAAUUUAACGAAGAGUUCAUGACUAACAUCAUGGACAGAAUUGACUGGGACGCAGUACUCAGUGUCGCUGGAGAUCUAGGAAACACGAAUCUGCCCAGCACCAAGCCUCUGCUGAACACUGCUGAACAACUGAGCGAGGACGACCUCGCGGUAUUGCGCGAUCUGCACGUCUUACUGGUGCAGACGUCCAUCAAAGAAGGUACAAUGACUUGCAGAAACUGUGGGCAUGUAUACUAUAUCAAGAACAGCAUUCCAAAUCUGCUGCUGCCACCACACCUAGCAUAA